AUGGCCUCCCCGCCCGCACCCGCCGCCCCUCCCUCGCCCUUCGCCAUGCCACCGGGCCUCAGCCCCACCGCGCUCCUCGCCUCCCCCUCGCUCUUCUCCCCUACUACGGGAAACUUUGAAAUGACCCAUCAGCAAGCUUUGGCACAAGUAACAGCACAAGCAGUCCAUUCCCAGUACAUUAUGGACAGUCAAGCAGAUUAUUCUCUCCCUUUCUCACCGACAACAUCAGCCUUGACAUCACAGCAUGCCAACUCUUCUGCACAUGUGACAUCAACAAAGGAGACAGCAACUCUGCCGUCACAUACUGGAAAUGAAAACCUUAAAUUAGCUGAGGUUUCACAAGGAUUCCAAACUUCGGCCCUAGCUGUGGAUAAACCUGCGGAUGAUGGCUACAACUGGCGUAAGUAUGGCCAGAAGGCCGUUAAGGGUGGGGAGUAUCCAAGGAGUUACUAUAAAUGCACCCAGGCAAGCUGUCCAGUUAAGAAGAAAGUGGAGCGCUCCUCAUGUGGACAGAUUACUCAAAUUAUUUAUAGAGGCCAGCAUAACCACGAACGGCCACCAAAAAGGAGGUCCAAAGAUGGUGGUAAUUUACUAAAUGAAGAUGAUUUCCGAGAGAACGGGGACACUUUGACUAGAUCAGAACCAGGCUCUCAAGAUAAUUCUGGGAAAGUAGAGGUAUCAAAUGACAGCAAGAAGGGAGACAGAGGCGAUCAAUCAUCUGGCUCAAGUGAUAGUGAGGAAGAGAACAAUGAUGAAGCAGGUGCUGACAAUGGAGAUGCCGGUGCUGUGAAUGCAAAUAAAAGGCAUGUGCCAGCACCAGCUCAAAGGAUCAUUGUGCAAACAACUAGUCCGGUUGAUCUUUUGGAUGAUGGCUACCGGUGGCGUAAGUAUGGGCAGAAAGUGGUAAAAGGGAAUCCUCAUCCAAGGAGUUACUACAAAUGCACAUACCAAGGAUGCGAUGUAAAGAAGCAUAUUGAAAGAUGUUCGCAAGAACCAACGGCUGUGAUAACUACAUAUGAAGGCAAGCAUAGUCAUGAUGUUCCCGCAGCUAGGAACAGCAGCCAUGCUUCUGUGGCCAGUGCCAAUGCAUCAUCUUCCGGCAGCUUAGUGCAUAGAGGGCAGAACACAGCAUCCAGUAAGCAACGGUCAUUGCGCAGAGCAGCGUUACAUAGACCACCGUCAGAUUCUUCGUUGCAGCUAAAAGAGGAAAAUGAGGUAACAUAAAAUUUUGGAGUACGUAGCGAUGUAAACUAUUCUGGUCUCUAUUGUUGGCUGAGCUGCUGCAUUGGUUGGAAUUAAGAGGAAGAUAUCCUUCCACAGCAUUGCAUCUUGCAUGCUGUACUUCCAUUGGUUGUAAAUUGUAUUGGUCUCUAAUCGACGGGAAAACUAUAGGCGGCAGAGGUUUCGUUGCUCCAACUGUAUAUGCUCGAGUUGUAACUCUUUUACGUGAUAGCCUGAUUUGUACAUAUACGCGGUUCCUUCCAUAUCUCAGAAAGUGCUAUCUGACAGGAUGUAUUGAAGUUACAAUUGAUUAACAAGGCAAUGGUUUUGCCUUUGCCGUGAAUCUCC